AUGGAGUCUCGAUUCGCACACCUUUAUCAACGAGACAGCAGUGUCGCUAUGCUGAGGGUAAAGAUGUCCAGGCGACGUUCUCAAACGCAGAAGGAGAACAGAGAGCGACUGCAGAAUAUCCGUCGAAACCUGGACGGCCUCCCCGAAUUGGACGUCUCCCAGGACAUAUCUGUCAUUGAGAAGUCCGUCAUUUCUGUUAAAGAGGUGCCAUUGAAAGCGACGAAAGAUCAAACUAACAGUGCUGCAGAGGAGAGGAAGAAGAUGUUAGCCCGUUACAAAGAAGCCAAAGCGCUGCAGAGAGAAAAGGAAAAGAGAGCGAAGGAGAAGAAAGGCGGCGUGUUCAAGGUUGGCCUCUAUAAGCCUCAGCCUCUUGGUUACUUACCUUCGAAUUCCCUUGCGUCAGGAAAACCCAAGCCCGCUGAAGCCGAGGGCGCCGCUGCUGCAUGUCCUACGUCUGAUGAGACCAAACGGUCAGAAGAGGCCAAAUCCCCUGAGAAUCCCGUUACGUCCUCGUUCGCUCCGCGGGAUUUUGUGUUCAGCGCUCCUCUGGGUUUGAGUACAUUCAAACCCACCCCCCUUUCACCACGUUCUGCUGAUGCCUUCCUUUCGCCAAGUUUCAGUUUUGAGCCAAAGAUGGAUCACCGCUCCCCUUCUCCCACUCCUCCUCUCUCCUCCCAACCCUCAACACCUCCUCCUGCUUCAAGCCCUCCUUCGCUCACUGACCGCGGCACUGUUUCCAGUGUCCCGCCAACCGUUUCUUCUCCCCAACCCUCCCCUGCUCCUCCUGCUCCAUCUCCUCCCUCGGUCCCAGAGGAGCCCCAGCACGAUGUGCCGUAUUUCAGGGCAGUGGUGGUGAGUGAAACAGAGAGACUGACUGAACUGUCUGAGCAGUGGGAGGCCCGAUUUGAUGACACUUCUAUCCCAGAAGAGAUGAGAGACCGCAUGCGUACAGCUGUGGGCCAGGCCAGGCUGCUGAUGAAAGAACGCUUUGGUCAGUUCAGCGGGCUGGUGGACGACUGCGACUUUGGACGCGGCGAGAAGAUUACCACUUGCACCGACCUGCAGGGCUUCUGGGACAUGGUUUAUUUCCAGGUGGAGGAUGUGAACAGAAAAUUUAACGCGCUGAAAGAGGCUGAGGCCAGAGGAUGGCAGGAGGAGAGCAGAGCACCUGUGCGACAGAAGAGGGUUGUGAAGAAGCCUCCAGCAGCGGGAGGUAAGAGCGGAGCUGGUGCCAGUACCGCGGCUAAGAGUCGCCUCGCUGCCGUGAAGGCCGCCAUGAAGGCCAAGGCCAAGCAGGCCGCCGCAGAGAAACCCCCUGACGUCCCGGUCGACAGUCAGAACAACCCAACCGCUGCUGCCCCCGUCGCUGAGGCCCCAGCCAACACGCUGACGGCUCCCACCAUUGUGUUCCAUGGAGGCUUCUUCCAGGUGGAAAGUCCUGUCAAAUUAGCUGGUCCUGUUCGGAGAUCUUCUCGACUGAACGCAGCUCCAUCUCCCCAUUCUUCACCUUGUUUAUCCAAAUUUAGCACCCCAGGCAGACAAGUCCGCUCUGUAGCUGUCUCACGUGCUUCCCCUUUCCCUUGCAAGACCCCUACUCCUGCCCCAAAACAGCAGUCUGAUCCAGAAACUACCUGUACCCCUCACCGUCCAGCAGAUACUGCGCUGUGUUCCUCUAAAACUCCUCAGACCAGCAAUGACCAAACCGCCGCCUUGUGCCUCUCACCAGAGAGAGUCUCUCAAACCCUUGCCUUCCCCCAGAGUCAUUCAGACCUCCACUGUAAUACUGAUGACAACCAAUCAGGGCUUGGCAUUGUGACAACAGCCAAUCCGAUCGAUCAGCAGGACUGUUCGAAUCAUGACUCAGAGAACACCCCGUCACCCACUGAAAUUCAGCCACAGGAUUCUCCCAGUGAAACAGAAAGAGUGCAGCCACCCUGUUCUCCUGACCAAUUAGAAGGCAGCACGCAGCUUGAAGGCUGCAAUACUGAGCUGGUGUCUGCCACCCCAUCCUGCCAGGAGAGACCAGAGGAGGCCAUGGCUUCUGAGACCAGCCUGGUCCAUUCACCGGCCCAGAGAGCAGAUAUCGCACCAGCUCCAGUUCACGCUAUGAGUUUCACCCUUUCUCCAUGCACAUCCCACACCUCUCCAUCACAAACAGUGACCUCUGAUCUCACUGUUAACACCCUCUCCUCACCAUGUCUGAUGGUCACCACCCCACCAAGAGUCUCAAUCCAGCCUCCUGUCUCAAGUAAUGAUGGUUCCUCCACUGGUGAAGAUGUUGAGAUGUCUGGAAGUCCAGAUACAUCUUGCAAUGAGGAUAUGCCUGGUUUGGACUUUGAGCGUUACCUCCAAAAAACAGCGAGGUGCAGCACGUCACCAGGAGAGACUGUUGCCACAGAGACGUUCUCUCCCAUGGCAACGGAUGAGGAGAUGCGGAGUCCUGAAGAGCAGCAGGGUGCUCAGAUUCCAGAUGUGCCAGAGACUCCCACAGCACUUCCCAGCCUGGGACCACUGGUGUUUACCCCUCGGAGUGAAAAGCCCCGUGAUUCUGACCUCUGGCUGUUCACUCCAGAACCGAGAGACAGAGUGCGUCAGUCAGUGUGUGAACGUGACCUCAUGAUGUUCACACCUCCCUCCAACAAAUAA